UUGUUUUCGACGUUCUUACAAAAUGCCUUAGGCUCUGUUCCACUUCCACUUCACUGGAAUUCUCACGCUCGAUGUGGCGUCGUUCUUCUUCUCUUCGUCUAAAAAUCCUUGCCGCGACCGCUAUCGCCUACCCCGCCGUCAUGUCCUCCUCCCGCCGUCCUUAUCGAGGCGGCCGCAAUCAGUGGUGCAGAGGCUUCUCGGACCGAUCCAACAGCGGCGGAAGAGGCCAGCUAGUCACAGGAGACUCGCACUUAAACUCUGUUCGAGAAACGAACCUCGGCUUCCGUCGAGGAAAUUUCUCGAAUCAAAACUCUUUUCAGCCUCAGCAAUUCGGUUGCAGCCCUAGGCGUCCGUCUCCUUACGACCAAAACCAGCAGCAGUUUAGUCAACCGCCUCCGUCUCAUCCGUACAACCGUUAUCAACGGCCACGCCAAUGGUUUGAUCAAAAUCAAGCUGCUCGGCCCUUCCGGCCACGCAAUUCCAAGCCCUGGGAUUACCGGGAAUGGGAGUACGCAAAAACUCCACCGCCUCCGCAUUCUGAGAGGUUUAUUGUCCUUUCCUAUAAUAUAUUGGCGGAUUACCUUUCUAGUACUCAUCGGAAUCUUUACUUUCAUAUACCUCACCAUAUGAUGAAUUGGGAGUGGAGAAAGAGGAACUUAAUGUUUGAGCUUGGAUUAUGGUCAGCAGACAUUAUGUGUUUCCAGGAGGUUGAUAAAUUUCAUGACUUGGAGGAGCAGUUGAAGUACAGGGGAUAUAGUGGCAUUUGGAAGAUGCGAACUGGCAAUGCUAUUGAUGGUUGUGCAAUCUUUUGGCGAACAUCAAGGUUCAAGUUACUUCAUGAAGAAUAUAUGGAGUUCAACAAGCAUGGACUUCGGGAUAAUGUUGCUCAGAUAUGUGUUCUUGAGUUGUUGAGCCAACAUACCCCUGAAAAUUCAGCAGCUCCACUAAAAAGCUCAGGGAACAAAGUUGUCGUGUGUAACAUUCAUGUGCUAUAUAACCCAAGAAGAGGAGAAAUUAAGCUUGGCCAGGUUAGGAGGCUCCUAGAAGGAGCUCAUUCUGUUUCAAAGAGUUGGGAUGAUGCUCCCAUAGUUCUUUGUGGGGAUUUUAAUUGCACUCCCAAGAGUCCAUUGUACAACUUUAUCUCAGAGAAAAAGUUGGAUUUGUCAGGAGUAGAUAGAGAUAAGGUGUCAGGACAAGCUUCUGCCGAAAUUCCUCUGCCAAUGCCAUAUAAUUCUAAUUCCAGGGUUCAGUCUGGUGAUAAUUCAGUGCAAGUUCCUUCGACGGUAGAUAUCAAGGAGGUUGGUGUGGAUAAGAAUGAUUCUCACUCUGACACACAGAAACAAAAUAAUCUAGACAGAAAUAUCAAAGAUGCUCCUAUAAACAACUUGUCUCAGUCCAAUGAGACAAUGCAGGAUUUGUCAGAUAUGUCUUGCAACAAUUUGCAGACGGAAGGCAAUGGCAGUGCACAAUAUGGUGAAGUGACCACAGGACCUCACCAGAAUGUGAUUGAUGUUGCAAAAGCUGAAACUGGAUCAACAUUCUUCAUUUCAGAUAAUAGCUCAAAAAAAAGUUCAAGCUGUUGUCAUAAUGAAGUCAAAUUUCCCAUAGAUGAGAUGGAUGAUGAUAAGCAAAGAUUUUCUCUCACCAAUUUUUCCUGUAUUGAAAAUGUAUGCUCUGAUGUGACCGAGAUAGAGCAUACAGGAAUAGAUAUCACCAUCCAUUCUAAUGAAGACACAUGCAUUGUGAUGGAUGAUCAUUCUAACAGGGUCAGAACUGACCCUGAGUUUUUGAAUACCUCCAAGUCAACUGGGUCAUUAUGCCAGACUCAUUCUCCUGAUUCAGUUGAAGUUUCUCAUCUUGGGAUCUCAGGCAGUCGGUCAUCCCGGUCAAUUGCUAAUGACAACAGUGUUAGUCCUUCAAUUCCUUAUCAAGUAGACUUCUCAGGUCUAUCUGCUGGGAUUGAUAUUGAAGUAGAAGAAAAAAUGGAUAAAUUGUCUUUUGGAGAGCUUAGUAAAGCUAUGAUUGAAGGUGGAACCAUUGUUGAAGACAAUAAUGCAUUUGUAACUGCGUUGUAUGGUAAUGAAGAUGUCAAUCCAACAAACUCUGAUCAAUCAGUAACAUCAGAUUUGGAUCAUUCUUCCAAGGAAUUUUUCAGUUCCCAAAACUCCCAAUUUCCAUUACCAAGUGAUGAAAUGCUGGACGAUUUAUCGCCUUCCUUGGAUUCUGAAGGCGUUGAGGCUGAGCAGGCUACUUAUGAUCCAUCAGUAUGGAGCCCAAUGGAAAUAGCCAUUGCAACUGGGAGUGAGGACUGCAAUUUUCUAGAACACUCUCUGCAGCUUAAAAGCACAUAUACAGAAGUCAAGGAUUUUUCAGGGACAAGAGACUUAGAUGGGGAGCCUCUUGUAACCAGCUACAACAGGCGUUUCUUGGGCACCGUUGAUUACAUAUGGCGUUCUGAAGGUCUCCAGACUGUCAGGGUGCUUGCUCCAAUUCCGAAACAUGCUAUGCAAUGGACACCAGGAUUCCCAACAAAGAAAUGGGGUAGUGAUCAUAUUGCACUGGCUUCAGAAUUGGCAUUCACAAAAGACUGUAUCAAUCAGGACCCAAAAAGUUAAAGUGGGUAGAAAGGUGUUUGUAUUUGCGGUUUGUAACAUUCAGUUUUGCCUCAAUUUUUAUCUCCUGUGUUAUUGCUGUUUCUAUUUGAAUUUUGUUUAUCUAUUAUAGUUGGAUAUAUUAAUUCAUCAAUCCUCAAAUUUUAAAUAAGAAAAACUGUUGCCAGAUUUGUAGUAUUUUGCAUCAUUGUAUUCCUGUGAUCUAUAAUGUAACUUGGUAUACUUUUAGCCGCUAA